CCGAGGGGCGGGGGCCGCGCGGCUCAGGCAGUCGGGGCGCGAGGCUGCAGCGGCGGAGCCGGAGUCGGAGCCGGGAGCGCGAGCGGCAGCCGGAUCGCAGCCUGCGGGGCCCGCCGCAGCCAUGGGCAACCGCGGCAUGGAAGAUCUCAUCCCCCUGGUCAACCGGCUGCAAGACGCCUUCUCUGCCAUCGGCCAGAACGCGGACCUCGACCUGCCGCAGAUCGCCGUGGUGGGCGGCCAGAGCGCCGGCAAGAGCUCGGUGCUCGAGAAUUUCGUAGGCAGGGACUUCCUGCCUCGAGGAUCUGGCAUUGUCACCCGACGUCCCCUGGUCUUGCAGCUGGUCAAUGCAACCACAGAAUAUGCCGAGUUCCUGCACUGCAAGGGAAAGAAAUUCACCGACUUCGAGGAGGUGCGCCUUGAGAUCGAGGCCGAGACCGACCGGGUCACCGGCACCAACAAGGGCAUCUCGCCGGUGCCUAUCAACCUCCGCGUCUACUCGCCGCAUGUGCUGAACCUGACCCUGGUGGACCUGCCCGGAAUGACCAAGGUCCCGGUGGGGGACCAACCUCCCGACAUCGAGUUCCAGAUCCGGGACAUGCUGAUGCAGUUUGUCACCAAGGAGAACUGCCUCAUCCUGGCCGUGUCCCCUGCCAACUCUGACCUGGCCAAUUCUGACGCCCUCAAGGUCGCCAAGGAGGUGGACCCCCAGGGCCAGCGCACCAUCGGGGUCAUCACCAAGCUGGACCUGAUGGACGAGGGCACAGAUGCCCGUGACGUGCUGGAGAACAAGCUGCUCCCCCUGCGCAGAGGCUACAUUGGGGUGGUGAACCGGAGCCAGAAGGACAUUGAUGGCAAGAAGGACAUUACCGCUGCCUUGGCUGCUGAACGAAAGUUCUUCCUCUCCCAUCCAUCUUAUCGCCACUUGGCUGACCGUAUGGGCACGCCCUACCUGCAGAAGGUCCUCAAUCAGCAACUGACGAACCACAUCCGGGACACACUGCCGGGGCUGCGGAACAAGCUGCAGAGCCAGCUGCUGUCCAUUGAGAAGGAGGUGGAGGAGUACAAGAACUUCCGCCCUGAUGACCCGGCUCGCAAGACCAAGGCCCUGCUGCAGAUGGUCCAGCAGUUCGCCGUAGACUUUGAGAAGCGCAUUGAGGGCUCAGGAGAUCAGAUCGACACCUAUGAACUGUCAGGGGGAGCCCGCAUUAACCGAAUCUUCCACGAGCGCUUCCCCUUUGAGCUGGUCAAGAUGGAGUUUGACGAGAAGGAACUUCGAAGGGAGAUCAGCUAUGCUAUCAAGAAUAUCCAUGGCAUUAGGACGGGCCUCUUCACACCUGACCUCGCUUUUGAAGCCACAGUGAAAAAGCAGGUGCAGAAGCUCAAAGAGCCCAGUAUCAAGUGUGUGGAUAUGGUAGUCAGUGAGCUCACAGCCACCAUCAGAAAGUGUAGCGAAAAGCUCCAGCAGUACCCGCGGCUGCGGGAGGAGAUGGAGCGCAUCGUGACCACCCACAUCCGGGAGCGCGAGGGCCGCACCAAGGAGCAGGUCAUGCUUCUCAUCGAUAUCGAGCUGGCUUACAUGAACACCAACCAUGAGGACUUCAUAGGCUUUGCCAAUGCUCAGCAGAGGAGUAACCAGAUGAACAAGAAGAAGACUUCAGGGAACCAGGAUGAGAUUCUGGUCAUCCGCAAGGGCUGGCUGACUAUCAAUAAUAUUGGCAUCAUGAAAGGGGGCUCCAAGGAGUACUGGUUUGUGCUGACCGCUGAGAAUCUGUCCUGGUACAAGGAUGAUGAGGAGAAAGAGAAGAAAUACAUGCUGUCUGUGGACAACCUCAAGCUGCGGGACGUGGAGAAGGGCUUCAUGUCGAGCAAGCACAUCUUUGCCCUCUUUAACACGGAACAGAGGAAUGUCUAUAAGGAUUAUCGGCAGCUGGAGCUGGCCUGUGAGACACAGGAGGAGGUGGACAGCUGGAAGGCCUCCUUCCUGAGGGCUGGCGUAUACCCUGAGCGUGUUGGGGACAAAGAGAAAGCCAGUGAGACCGAGGAGAAUGGCUCCGACAGCUUCAUGCAUUCCAUGGACCCACAGCUGGAACGGCAAGUGGAGACCAUCCGGAAUCUUGUGGACUCGUACAUGGCCAUUGUCAACAAGACCGUGCGGGACCUCAUGCCCAAAACCAUCAUGCACCUCAUGAUUAACAAUACCAAGGAGUUCAUCUUCUCGGAGCUGCUGGCCAACCUGUACUCGUGUGGGGACCAGAACACGCUGAUGGAGGAGUCGGCGGAGCAGGCACAGCGGCGCGACGAGAUGCUGCGCAUGUACCACGCUCUGAAGGAGGCGCUCAGCAUCAUCGGCGACAUCAAUACGACCACCGUCAGCACGCCCAUGCCCCCGCCCGUGGACGACUCCUGGCUGCAGGUGCAGAGCGUACCGGCCGGACGCAGGUCGCCCACGUCCAGCCCCACGCCGCAGCGCCGAGCCCCCGCCGUGCCCCCAGCCCGGCCCGGGUCGCGGGGCCCUGCUCCUGGGCCUCCGCCUGCUGGGUCCGCCCUGGGGGGGGCGCCCCCCGUGCCCUCCAGGCCGGGGGCUUCCCCUGACCCUUUCGGCCCUCCCCCUCAGGUGCCCUCGCGCCCCAACCGCGCCCCGCCCGGGGUCCCCAGAAUCACUAUCAGUGACCCCUGAGGAGCGUCAGCCAUGGGUUACUUGUGCCAUUCAGCCAAGGGGAUGACCGUGCCUGCUGGUCCUGCUGAGCUCUACCCAGUGAGCCCGCCCCCCUUCUCCGGCCACUGACUCUCGCUCUUCUGCUUUUCCCAGCAGGAAGGGCCCAGCCUCACCUACGCGACCUGCAGCCCCCCGACCAGCUGAGGCUCCCCUCUUAGACUUAUAAGUCUAUGGCCACUGGCAUCCGGCUGUCUGCCCUCCCUGCCUCCCCCAGGGUCAUUUCAGAGGGUCCUGGGUUUUCUGACCACCCAGAAGGGCCUCUGGCGCUCCCUCCAGCCAUCCCUUUUAGUUUCACCCUCCUGGUUCAAGCAGUGUUCUUUCUCUGUCAGGCCUGGUGGCUGUUGCGUGGGGCUCCCCAAGGCAAGGGGUGGCCCUGGGCCGGUGGGUUGGAAGACAGGGUGACCAGAGAAGAGGGAAGCCCAAGGGGGCCGAGCAUCAGCUUGAACUGUGGGUGCCCUGCCUGGGUGCUGUGUGAGAGGCCAGCGUGUGUGGGGUGGGGAGGGCCGCCACAGCCCCCAGGCGAUACCUGUGAAGCUACAGCUCCUCCCUCCAUCUUCCUCCCCUUUUCCUUCCAGCCCCUCUUUUCCAGGAACCUUGCCACACCCACACCUGCACCCUCCCCUCCCCGGCCCUCCCACCUGCUGCGGUGCGGCCCGCCCCAGCCGGCUGUGUGCUGCACUUGCCUUACCAGCUCUCUCCUCGAUUUUCUCUCUCCCGUUUUCUCUUUGCUUUCUCUCCAACUGCCAGCCGAUCGGGUCAGGCAAGUCCAUCCCGUCCUGAGAGCCCCAGGCCCCCCUUCGACCUCUAAACAGAUCCCUCCUCUUCUCGGAGACCUCCCUUUCCAAGCCUGCCUGGACGGCUGUUCUGUGACUUGACAGUGGCUUCCCUAGCCCCAAAGCCAGCCCCCUUCAUCUGUGACUUAGUCUGUUGUAGUGGUGAGCUGACACCUCCAGGCGUGACCAUUGGUGAAAACUUGUGCCCCUUCAGUGGUAUGCCCUUGCCCUGUUCUAUAAAUAUCUAUAAAUACUCAUAUAUAUACACACCUACACAUGGCCGACCGCCUCGCCUCUAGCGCUGGGAAUCAGUCACUGUGCUGUCCUUGUGGAGUCUUGUGGCCCAACUACAAGAGAACGCUGUCCCCUGACAUCCCCCUCUAAAGUGUGCCACCUCCAGUGAGCCUCCCUGUCAUGCCCAGCCUGUGGACAGCCAGCCCCCGCCAUACCUCCCGCCCCCUACCAAGCAUGGGGGUGCUGUGCAGGCAGCCGUGUGGCCUGACAGUCUACCAGUCCUGCUGUCCCUCGGCUGAGAAUAAAACCUAUUUCUGGAUGACGGG